AUGCAGGCCCUGUUAGUUAUUUUGGGCGUGAUAGGAGCUGUUGCCUUAGCUCUCUUGCUAGUUUGGAGAGUUUUAGCAACGAUACAGGUGAGAUUAUCGUCAGUUGGGCUCUCGUUAAAAGUUUAACCGGUAGCAAUCGGCGUGAAACGACUGUCUUCUGUCAACAGCUGAUCUCCUAUGAUUAUUUUUCACAAGUUUGGUAAUCACUUCGGUCCUUUUCAGAAAAAAUUGUUACCGCUCGUCAACUAAUCAUUCAGAUCAAAAUUAAUCGAUAUUCGUCGGACUGAAUACAUCAUUAGCAAUUACUCCGCUGAUUACUCAAUAAAUUUCCAAUCCACAAGUCUUAAAUUAUCCCUGAGACUACAGCAUUUCUCCUAAGCACAGAAUAAAGAGAAGAAGAACUGUCUUCCUUCAGAUAUCUAGCUCAGCAAUGUUUAACGAGUUAAGUAUUCUUAUUCCAUCCGCUCGGAUAUUGACAAGGCCGUCAACUCUCGUUCAAACAAGGUCUUACCGGAGGAUCCAGAGAUCGACCCAGAAAAAGCACUGCUUGCUUUCCAUCCUCUCAGUGAGGACGAAGUCCUGAAGCUUGUUCGACAAUCUGCAAAAAAAUCUUGUCCACUUGAUCGAGCUCCAACGUCGCUUGUGGUUUCCUGUCUCGAUGUUCUACUUCCGGUCAUUACGCGCAUAAUUAACUGUUCCCUUACAUCUGGGGAAUUUCCUGAUUGCUGGAAGGAGGCGUUAGUUUCCCCUUUGCUCAAAAAGUCUGGCGUGCUCUCAGAGUUUGCAAACUUAAGACCUGUGUCUAAUUUAUUUGCAGUACGUUUCAAAAUUAAAGGAACGUGCCUUCUUCGAUCAAACGCAUCCGCAUUUGACAUCACAUGGCUUAUACCCUCCAUUCCAGUCAGCGUACCGUAAGUGUCAUAGCGCUGAGACUGCACUUUUAAAAGUGCAAAAUGACAUCCUAAUGAACUUGGAUUCUCAACGUGUUACCCUUCUUGUGUUACUGGAUUUGAGUGCUGCGUUUGGCACAGUUGACCAUGGAUGAUGCCAUGCAAACCCUUGUUCACUCCAUUGUUAUAGGCUGCUUAGAUUAGUAUGUGUAAUCAAAUGGUGACGAGUGAAAUUAGAGAAUAAUUUCACGCGCGUUUUGUCCAAAUCCUUAUAAUUUCCCGAGCCUAAAGGCUCGGGAAAUUAUUAGGAUUUGGACAAAACGCAAGUGAAAUUAUUCCGUAAUUUCACGACUAUACCAUUUGAUUACCUAUUAAUAUCAUGGGUAACGAAUUACGUUAGCAAUCGAGGAUUUUUGACUUAUUAAUCGGAUCGUAUCGAUCGAUCGUGAACUCCACUCUCUCAAACGUUUAGAGCUGAAAUUUGGCUUAAGUUUUCAGAAUUUUUCGACAACAUACCUCUAAGAAUCCUUCUUGAUGUGCUCUUUCGUGUGCUCAGGUUUUCUAAAGUGUCUUUUUAUGCCAUGACAUCUUCAAUCACGACAUUUUAAAACUUCGUCGCCAUCUUGACACUGAGACGUACGGCAGGUUGCCAUGGCAAUUUAGUAAUUUCACAUGUGAAAUUACAAAUUAACGCUGAAAUUUCGCACCAAAAUUAAGGAGUAAUUCGUCACCUAUGAUAUUACUGCAAUAGUCUUCUUUAUAAAGUUCCCGCGGUACACAUGAGUAAGUUACAACGCAUUCAAAAUAGUGCUGCCCGGCUCGUAUGCUCAACUCCGAGGUUUAAUCAUAUUACACCCGUCUUAUUUUCUUUUCAUUGGCUACCCGUUGCCUAGUAUCGAGUUUAAAAUCUUAGUUUUAACGUUUAAAGCAAUAUAUCAACUUGCGCCGUCCUAUAUCUGCAAUCUAGUUCGAUUAAAGGAGAAAUAUAAAUACCAGCUUCGAUUUUCUGAAGAGCUACUAUUGCAGUUGCUCAUGGGAAAAACAAAGAAAACUCUGGGUGACAGAUCAUUCCAAAUAGCUGCCCCUGCAGUAUAGAACAGUCUGCCUGCAAGUGUCAGAGACAUCGAUAACUUUUUGGUUUUUUAAACGAACAAUAAAGACUUACUUAUUUAGGAAGGCUUUUGUCUGUUAUAGUUAGAUUGAUAAAUUUUAGAUUUUAAAUUUUAGAUAUUCUUAACUAUACUUUAUUGUAAUUAUUACAGAGAGUUAUAGUUGUAAGGCGCAUUUGAUCAUAUUCAGAUGUUAAUUUGCGCCUAACUAGAAAUAAAUUAUUAUUAUUAUUAUUAUUAGUAUAUUUGCUUAGGAUAAACCGUGCUCCUAAAUGAGUUGGUUAAAUGAAUUGGUGACCGUAAAAGAGAAUAUAAAGAUGGAAUUUAUAGCGUUAGCCCUUGGUCAAAGUAAAUCCGUCAGCUUUAGAAUCUCCUUACAGAGGCCAAUUCACGCUAUCAACUCGGAUAAUAAAAACAAACUAUCCCACCACUUUGCGGAUAAAGUGGUUUGCAAUGUUCAAGACGGAAAACUUCAAAGUGAUGAACCCUUCGAUUAAGCUCAUAAAUUCUUCAGUAGUGGUUAAUUGUUACAAUAACCUCACUUUCUCUCUUCAUGGUUUAAAUUUGCAAGUUACAUUCCUAUCUUCAGGCCCGGCGAGCAUUUGCCAAAUUAGAAAAGGAACAACAGAAUGCAAAAUGUGUUGUGGUAUGUCUUCAUAACACAUUGUGAACUUUCUCAUAACAUUUGUUGCUUUUUUUAAAAAAGAGAUCAUCUUAUUUUCGUGAUGACGUCGAUGACGUGUUCGUUUUGGUUUGCCGUUAAUUUAUUGAAUAAUCUUCAGGCUAUAGUCAGUAAGUCACUCAGUGAUUCCAUGAUCAGUGAGUGAAUGAGUGAGUCAGUCAGUGAGUCAGUCAGUCAGUCAGUCCGUAGUCAAUCAGUCGAUUAGUCGAUCCGCCAGCCAGUCAGUCACUCCACAGUCAGUCAGUCGUUGAGUCAGUCACUCACUAAGUCAGUCAGUCAGUUAGCCAGUCAAUCAGUCAGUCAGUCAGUUAUUUAAGCAGACAUAAGACGAUCAGGCGGUCAAUCUAGCAGUUAGUCAAUCAGACAAUUAGUGAGUCAGUCAACCAUUAAAGCAAUUAGUCCUUUAGUCAGUCAUAUUAGUACUGUAGCCAUAUCCAACGACCUUUAUGAAUCCUAUGUACGGAGUGAAAACAUGA